GGCACUGUUCGAAGGAUUAUUAUUGAGAAUCCUGAUCAGGAGAAGCAGUAUCAAUUUUGCCACCAGUGCCAGAUUCCCCAGCAAGCCGACCAGUGCCACGUUGCCCAGCCCUGCCAGCACUCGGAGCAGCCCCAAGUCACUCACCAGUGCCAGCAGACGCAGACCGGCAGCCCCUGUGAAAUAAUUCCAGUCUCUGUGAGCGACGACUGCAGAGGAAAUACAGUGAGGAGGGUAACAGUUCAAACCUGUGAACCGGUGACUUGCCCUCAGGAUAACAGUGACCAGCUGGACUGCCGCUUCUUUGGGGAGCUCCUUGCUGAACUGCACCACAAGACCAAUGACUUGUACAGCUGUUUGCUGCAGCACGUGGAAAGGAUAGGAGGAAGGAACCAUGACAUUGAAUUUACGUGUCAGACUGAAGAUAUUGAAGAUUUAAUUCCUAAAGGACUGUCUGAGGCAACAAAGCAGCAGAUUCGUUAUCUCCUCCAGAUGAGAGUGACAUCAGAUAAAUCUUUGAGACUUGUACUUUCCACGUUCAAAAAUUUACGUGAAGAGCUUUGCCAUUUGCAGGAUGACUUGGGGAAGUUAGAAACUGACAAUGUCAUACUGAAGAAGGAUUUGGCUUUUAAAGAUUCUCAAGUAAAAGAAUAUGAAACUAUGUUGGCUUCUCUGAGAGAGAAUAAUCGUCAGCAGCAGCAAGGACUCAGGGAGAGUACUGCCAAAUGCCGCUCUCUGGAAGAACAGCUCCUCUCGCUUCGGCUCAGCGAGGGGGAGAAGGAGUGUCAGCUGAAGGAGCUGGAGUACUGCAAGCGGGCCCUGGAGCAAGAGAUCCAGGGCCUUAAGCUGCAGACCUGCUCUAAUCCAACACUACAGACCACCACAGAUGAACUCUCGAGCCGUUACGUAGAGAUGAUCAAUAACUUGAGAGAGGACAAAGAUCGUGAGAUCCGCAGUCUUAGGUCUCAGUUAUGCCAAUUCCAGCAAGACAUAUCAAGGAGAGAAGGAAGCAACAGUGACUUGCAAAUAAGGCUGCAUGAACUGACGUCGAUGCUGGAGGAGAAAGAUGCUUUUAUUAAACAACAGCAAGAGGACCUCUUCAGAUUGAAGCAUGAGAAGUUAUCAGGCAGUCAGUCCCCUGGUGUAACAACUAUCAUCACUAAGAAGUACAGGAAUCAGUACCCUAUUCUGGGUCUCCUGUCUGAUGACUACAAGGUUACGUCACCCGUCAAUAAAUCACAAACUAUUGUAAUUGAGAGGACCGGAGAGAUACGGAAACAU